AAUGCAUUCAAUGUACACAUUUAAUAUUUUUGAACCCAUGAUCCUGGCAUUGCUAAUGCCAUGCUGUACUGUAAGCUACAGAAAAAUAAAUGUUUUCUAUGAUAAAUAAACUGCUCAGACCACUUUUUUCCACACUUGAAAUUGGUAUUGUGUGUUUUUUCAGUAAUUUUUGAAGUGUAAGGAAUACAUUUUCAAAGAAAAUGGGUACACAAUUGGGGUUGUGACAACCUACAAUACAACCAAAAAAUGUCAAUAUUAUUCUGAGGCUAACAUGAUUUAUUAAGAAUGUGGAGUAGCAAUGCUUUAAUAUAUAUAUAUUACACAUUGAAAAUUGACUUUAUGUAUUAUUAAACCGGAUACUUAUUUAAGUAUAGAGACUGUAUUCUCCAAAAAUAAUUAAUGAAUCAACAGCAGUUCUGACAUGAGUUCUGAGUAAGUCAAUUGAUGGGAUUCUCGACCAGUUCAAACAGACCCAACCGGUUCAAAGUUCAUCCUAGUGGAGUCGAGCCGGUAAGAAUGCUGCAAAUAGCUUAAAUUGAGAAGUUAUUAUCCAAAAUAAAAAUUGGGAAUGAUUUAAGUCGAAGUCUGAAGUCACUUUUAGCAAGUAACGCGUGAGAAGAAUUAUAAUGAGCAAACACGGCUUGUUUUCUUUCACUAUUUACUGACCGGAACGUUGAAGUCCUGAAUUGUUUACGUACAUGUCCCGUAUGUGGAAUUUAUUCUUUAGUGAUUUCUUUUGAAACGUGUGGUGGAUUGUUACAGUUGCAUUUCAGCACGUCGCUUGUCUCAAACAAACCGAGCAUGACACAUUUUCCCCUUUGAAUAGUUUGAAACCCUCCUGCAGGCGGUGGUUUUAUGGGUUUUGUCUGCUGUUUUCGAAUUUGAGUUUUGCUGAUCUGAAGAUCCUGUUUUGAAGAUGAUGUGGAGGUUAUCUGCUGUUUUUAGACGUUGCAUUACAAUUUCAUCCGGCAGACAUUGCAAAAAAGACAGCCUGUUUACCAUCCAUCCUAAUGUGAAAGAGGCUUUAGAGGAUCACAGGCCAGUUGUGGCUCUGGAAAGCACUAUUAUUACACAUGGAAUGCCUUAUCCUCUUAAUCUCAGCACAGCAAAGGAAGUGGAAGCUAUUGUGAGGGCCGAAGGUGCAAUCCCAGCAACCAUUGGGAUUCUUGAGGGGCGGAUUCAUGUGGGCCUUUCUUCGGAUGAACUGGACUUCCUAGCACAGAGCAAAACAGCAUUAAAAGUGUCCAGAAGAGACCUUCCUUAUGUCAUCAGCAAGGGUCUGUCGGGUGGCACUACUGUCUCCGGCACAAUGAUUGUGGCUCACAAAGCUGGGAUUCCUGUCUUUGUAACCGGAGGCAUUGGAGGAGUACAUAGAGAUGGAGAAAACUCCUUGGAUGUGAGCGCAGACCUCACUGAACUGGGUCGAACACCUAUUGCUGUUGUGUCUGCUGGGGUGAAAUCCAUCCUAGAUAUUGGUCGCACUCUUGAGUUCUUGGAAACUCAGGGUGUAUGUGUGGCCACAUAUGGAGAUUCAAAAAGCUUCCCGGCUUUCUUCUCUCGGCAAAGUGGAUUUACUUCUCCUUACCAUGUCUCCAGUCCUCAAGAAGCAGCAGAUCUUAUUGAAAGCACACUAUCUCUGGGGCUGCAAAGUGGUCUUCUGUUGGCCGUUCCCAUCCCAGAGGAACAUGCAGCCACGGGACAACUGUUAGAAGACGCCAUACAAACAGCUGUGACUGAGGCCAGCUCAAAAGGGGUCACAGGAAGAGAUGUCACUCCUUUUAUCCUUCAGCGAGUCAAUGAGCUCACUAAAGGGAAGUCCUUGCAAGCUAAUAUAGGACUCAUCCAUAACAAUGCCAAGGUGGGCAGUCAGAUUGCAUGUGCUCUUUCUAAACACAAAGAAAAAAGUGGAGGCAACUUCAGAGGUGAAAGUAAGACCGAAAAGUCAAUGGACCAGAGAAUGGACUCCAAAACUGGAAGGGAUAUGGUUGUUAUCGGUGGGAUAAAUGUUGAUUUUAUCGCUAAAGGAACAACAAAGAAAUUGGUGUUUGGUCAGACAAAUCCAGGAAGUGUGUGCCAGUCAUUUGGAGGAGUGGGCAGAAAUAUUGCUGAUUGUUUAAGCCGAUUAGGAUACAGACCUCUCUUUAUCUCUGCCAUCGGCAAAGACUCUCACAGCGACGCUGUGUUGAGCUAUUGUAAACACAUGAAUACAAGUGCAAUUGCCAGAUUAGAGGACCAAAGGACUGCAACCUAUUGUGCUGUCAUAACUGAGUCUGGAGAGUUGAGCCUGGGAUUGGGCGACAUGGACAUCCAUAAGCAAAUACAAGAGCAGUAUGUAUCUCAGUUUAAGGAUCAACUUGCAUCAGCAUCUCUUGUAGUUCUUGAUGGCAACAUUCCAGUUUCAACCAUUGAUUACGUGUGCUGUAUCGCCAAGAAACAUGCAGUCCCUGUGUGGUUUGAGCCCACGGAUGCUGAUAAGGCCUGUAAGCCCUUCCUGUCAGAGAGCUGGAAAGCACUGUCCUACACCUCCCCCAACCUGGCUGAGCUCUGCACCAUGAAUCAGACACUAGAUCUGCCCACUCCUACAGAGUUGCCCACAUCGCUUGAGGAUGUUUUAGGCUGUGUGCCGGCUCUCUGCCGCCCCCUGCUGGAGCAUCUACAUUGUGUGGUGGUCACUUUGGGUUCGCUGGGUGUGCUGGUGUGUGGAGAACAUGAUGCUGGAACUGUAAAUUUGCAGCCACGAAAGCAAAAUCGGCAGAAGGGACGACUGUGUGCUGUUCAUUAUCCCGCGCUGGCUGUGAGCUCUAAAGAAACAGUAAAUGUGUCUGGAGCUGGUGACAGUUUUGCUGGAGCAAUGAUGGUUGGGAUCCUUCAAGGGAUGGAAACAGACAGCUGUGUGCGAAUGGGUCUCCUUGCCGCCCGCACGUCCUUGUUGUCUCCUCAUCCAAUAGAUCCGUCUCUGACAGCUGAUGUCAUCCAUCCAGAAAAGUCGCAUUCUCAACCUUGGUCAAAGCCUACAUGUGUGUGGAUGAAUGACUGAAAUACAAUCGAAAAGAGGCAGAAAUCUUACCAGCAGGCUUCUGCAGUCACAGUGCAUCCGAUGGGACAUAUGCUACUUUUGUGGGGUUUUAUAUAGCAAAACAAACUCAAUGAUUGGUGCAUGCUGAGGUGUUUAUGUUGUGGAUACCACACAUUUAUGAUUUUUUAAUUUUACAGUAUUAUGACAUACUAUAAUAUACUUUUUUUUAGAGGCGCAGAGUUAGGACCUCUGUUUUUUAAUUUCUGAUUUUUAAUUUAUUAAACUACAAUGUUAUAUAAUAUUAAUAAUAAAAUAAUAAAAACAAAUCACAAACUAAUUUUUAAUUGUUUAAUUAUUGUAUAAUUAUUAUAAUUAUUAUUAAAUUGUAAAGGAAAUUAAAUGUAUAUAUUACACUACUAUAUAGUGAACUUCAAAUAAAAAAAUAUGAUAUAUUUAAAAUAAAA